CUUUGCCUCUUUUUUUCUUUUUCUUAACAAUCCCCCCUUCUCUUUUUAAACCCACACCCUCCCCCCCUCUCUUCAUUUUUGCAGUCUAUCCUACGCGCAAUUCGUCUCGUUUGAUAGAACCGAUAUAAUACACAAUGUUGUCUUCCAAGUCUUUCAUGAAGGCCGCCAAGGCAUUUGUCCCGGCCGUUAAAUCCCAAUCUCGCAACUAUGCUGCCGGUACCUGGGCCGCUCAAAAGGUUGCCAUGUCCAACCUUGAACAAGACAAAUUCAUCAACUACCAACGUAUUGAAGAUAACUUGGAAAUCGUUCGCAAGAGAUUGAACCGUCCUUUGACUUUGUCCGAAAAGGUCGUGUAUGGCCAUUUAGAUGAUGCUGAAAACCAAGAGAUUGCCCGCGGCAAGUCUUACCUCAAGCUCCGUCCUGAUCGUGUGGCUUGCCAGGAUGCUACUGCUCAGAUGGCUUUGCUUCAGUUCAUGUCGGCUGGUCUCCCUAGCGUGGCUGUUCCUACCACCGUUCACUGUGAUCACUUGAUUGAAGCUCAGAUCGGCGGUCCCAAGGAUUUGGCUCGUGCUAUUGACAUCAACAAGGAGGUCUACGAUUUCUUGGCCACCGCUACCGCCAAGUACAACAUUGGUUUCUGGAGACCCGGUUCCGGUAUUAUUCACCAGAUCAUUCUCGAGAACUAUGCUUUCCCCGGUGGUUUGAUGAUCGGUACUGACUCCCACACCCCCAACGCUGGUGGUCUUGGUAUGGUCGCUAUUGGUGUCGGUGGUGCUGACGCUGUCGAUGUCAUGGCCGAUAUCCCUUGGGAACUCAAGUGCCCCAAGGUCAUUGGUGUCAAGCUUCACGGUAAACUCAGUGGCUGGACUUCCCCCAAGGAUGUCAUCCUCAAGGUUGCCGGUAUUUUGACCGUCAAGGGUGGUACUGGUGCCAUCGUUGAAUACCUCGGUGAUGGUGUCGAUUCCAUCUCCUGCACUGGUAUGGGUACCAUCUGUAAUAUGGGUGCCGAAAUUGGUGCUACCACCUCCAUGUUCCCCUUCAACAACCGUAUGGGAGACUACUUGCGUGCCACCAACCGUGGUGACAUUGCCAAGUACGCUGAAUCGUUUGCUCACAACCUCCGCGCCGAUGAAGGUGCUCAGUAUGACGAAUUGAUCGAAAUCGAUCUUGACAAGCUCGAACCCCACAUCAACGGUCCCUUCACUCCCGAUUUGGCCACUCCUCUCAGCAAGUUCAAGGAUGCUGUCAAGGAAAACGACUGGCCCCAGGAGCUCAAGGUUGGUCUUAUCGGUUCCUGCACCAACUCUUCGUACGAAGACAUGGCCCGCUCUGCUUCGCUCGCUCAGCAAGCCGCCGAUCACGGUGUCAAGGUCAAGUCCAAGUUCACCAUUACCCCCGGUUCCGAACAGAUCCGUGCCACCAUUGAACGUGACGGUAUCAUGGAUAUCCUUACCAAUGCUGGUGGUGUUGUCCUCGCCAACGCUUGCGGUCCUUGCAUUGGUCAGUGGGAUCGUAAGGAUGUCAAGAAGGGUGAAAAGAACUCCAUCAUCACCUCUUACAACCGUAACUUCACUGGUCGUAACGAUGCCAACCCUGCCACCCACGCUUUCGUUGCUUCGCCCGAAAUCGUCACCGCUCUUACCAUUGCCGGUGACUUGACUUUCAACCCCAUCACCGACUCUUUGACCGGUGCUGACGGUAAGCCCUACAAGUUGGUGCCUCCUACCGGUGAUGAAUUGCCUCCUCGCGGUUACGAUGCUGGUGAGAACACCUACCAGGCUCCCCCUGCCGAUCGCAGCAAUGUCAAUGUCGCUGUUGAUCCCAAGUCCAACCGUCUUCAGUUGCUCAAGCCUUUUGCCAAGUGGGAUGGUCAGGAUAUCACCAAUGUCCCUAUCCUUAUCAAGGUCAAGGGCAAAUGUACCACCGAUCACAUCUCCAUGGCCGGUCCCUGGCUCAAGUACCGUGGCCACUUGGACAACAUCUCCAACAACAUGUUGAUUGGUGCCGUCAAUGCCGAGAAUGAUGCCGUGAACAAGGUCAAGAACCAGUACACUGGUGAGUACAAGGGUGUCCCUGAGACCGCUCGUGACUACAAGGCCGAAGGUAUCCGAUGGGUCGUUAUUGGUGACGAGAACUAUGGUGAAGGUUCUUCCCGUGAACACGCCGCUCUUGAACCCCGUUUCUUGAACGGUUGCGCCAUCAUCACCAAGUCGUUCGCUCGUAUCCACGAAACCAACUUGAAGAAGCAGGGUAUGCUUCCCUUGACCUUUGCCAACCCCGCCGAUUAUGACAAGAUCGACCCCUCUGACAAGGUCGACAUUGUUGGUUUGACUGACUUCAAGGAAGGUCAACCCUUGACUCUCCGUCUCCACAAGGCCGAUGGCAACACCCAAGAAAUCACCCUUAACCACACUUUCAACGCUGGUCAGAUCGAAUGGUUCAAGGCUGGUUCCGCUCUUAACUUGAUGAGAGAAAAGGCAGCUUCGGCUUAAAUCUAGAUUAGUCAGUUCGUUUUUUCUUCUUCAUUUACAAACCCCUCUAUUAUUUCUUUCUGUCUUUCUUCCUUUCCAUUUUCAUAAUUUGUGUAUUUAAAGAAUCAUGUAUAAAAUAAAAACUUCAAAGAAAGAUAUUACCAUCAUCAA